AACAACAAAGUAGAAACGAAAGCUUGUACUUGCCGGUGAUGGUUUUAUUUUUUUCUUCGUUAAUCUAUAAAAUUAUUUGAAAUUUAUAUUGUAAUUGUUUAACCAAGUAUCGGAACAAUUAUUGAUAUUUAAAGAGAGAUCUUGAAAAUGGAUGUAGCCGACACCUAUGCUACACAAAGUCAAGUGAAAGAUGAAGUUGGCGUACGAUGCCAAAAGCUGUUUCAGGACUUUUUAGAAGAAUUCAAAGAAGAUAACGAGAUAAAAUAUGAGAAACAAGCUAAAGAACUACUGAAACCAGAAUUAAGCACCUUGGAAGUCAGUUUUGAUGAUGUAGAAAAAUACAAUCAGAAUCUCGCCACUACUAUUAUAGAAGAAUAUUAUAGGAUAUAUCCUUUUCUCAAUCAGGCUAUAUACAACUAUGUUUUAAGUUUAGCAGACAGUGGAAUGAAAAAAGACUUACAGGAUAAGGAGUGUUACAUUUCUUUUGUUGAUGUGCCCACCAGACAUAAAGUGAGAGAGUUGACAACUGCCAAAAUUGGUACUUUAAUUAGAAUAUCAGGACAAAUUGUAAGGACACAUCCAGUGCAUCCUGAACUUGUAUUAGGAACAUUUGUGUGUUUGGAUUGUCAGACUGUUAUAAAAAAUGUGGAGCAACAAUUCAAGUAUACAAUCCCAACUAUAUGUAGAAACCCUGUAUGUGCGAACCGGCGUCGUUUCAUGCUUGAUGCGGAUAAGUCUGUUUUUGUGGAUUUCCAAAAGAUUCGUAUACAAGAGACUCAAGCAGAGCUACCUCGAGGAUGUAUACCGCGCUCCCUUGAAGUGAUAUUAAGAGCUGAAGCAGUAGAAUCAGUUCAGGCUGGUGACCGCUAUGACUUCACAGGGACCCUAAUAGUAGUGCCUGAUGUAGGUUCACUUUCUAUGCCUGGUGCUAAAGCUGAACUUACAACUAGAACGAGACAGGCAAAUGAGGGUCAGAUGGAGGGCAUCAAGGGUCUUAAAGCUUUGGGUGUGAGAGAGUUACAUUACAAGACUGCGUUCCUAGCAUGCAGCGUUCAAGCGAUAGCACGUAGAUUUGGUACGGGUGACCUCGCCACAGACGACUUGACUACUGAGGACAUGAGGAAACAGAUGACCGAUAAAGAGUGGGACAAGGUGUAUGAGAUGUCCAGAGAUAGAAAUCUUUACAAUAACCUCAUUGCAAGUUUGUUCCCAAGUAUUCAUGGAAACAACGAGGUGAAGAGGGGUAUUCUGCUCAUGAUGUUCGGUGGCGUCGCUAAAACAACCGUGGAAGGUACAACCCUUCGCGGUGACAUAAACGUAUGUAUAGUAGGCGAUCCGAGUACAGCUAAAUCUCAGCUCCUGAAGCAAGUGAGUGAGAUCACCCCGCGGGCUGUAUACACCAGCGGGAAGGCUUCCUCGGCCGCUGGUCUCACAGCCGCUGUUGUUAAGGACGAGGAAUCAUUCGACUUCGUGAUAGAAGCAGGCGCAUUAAUGUUGGCCGAUAAUGGUGUAUGUUGUAUCGACGAGUUCGACAAGAUGGACCCCGCGGACCAGGUGGCCAUACACGAGGCUAUGGAACAGCAGACCAUAUCACUAGCCAAGGCCGGUGUUAGGGCUACUCUAAAUGCUCGCACAUCCAUUCUAGCAGCAGCAAAUCCAAUAGGAGGACGUUAUGACAGAGCGAAAUCAUUACAACAGAAUGUGUCUUUAAGCGCUCCGAUUAUGUCAAGAUUCGAUUUGUUCUUCAUACUCAUAGAUGAGAGUAGUGAGAUGGUGGAUUACGCUAUUGCAAGGAAAAUUGUAGAUCUGCAUUGCAACAAGGAAGAGACUUAUGACUGUGUUUAUACGAGAGAAGAUUUGCUUAGGUAUAUUGCGUUUGCGAGAUCGUUCAAGCCGAUUAUAACAGAGGAGGCGGGCAAGCUACUAGUAGAAUACUACGGCGUUCUUCGUGCCAGAGACGGCAGCGGAGCGGGCGGGAAUGGCUCGUGGAGGAUCACGGUGCGACAACUCGAGUCUAUGGUGCGACUAGCGGAGGCCAUGGCCAAGAUGCACUGUAGUGGACAAGUGGCCGCCACUCACGUACACGAGGCGUACAGGCUGCUGAACAAAUCAAUAAUACGCGUGGAGCAACCUGAUAUUCAUUUAGAUGAAGAAGAAACACAAUUCGAACCGAACAUGGAAGUGGACAACGACGUACCCAACGGGACUGCUAAUGGCCACGUGAAUGGAGAUUCGGCACCUAAAAAGAAGUUGACUCUAUCGUUCGAAGAGUAUAAAGCACUAAGCGAUAUGUUGGUAGUGUUCAUGAGGAAAGAGGAAGCGGAAGCCGAAACUAGAGGCGAGGAGAGUUCCGGUAUGCGUAAGAGCGCAGUAGUGAGCUGGUACCUGGAGCAGUUGGUGAGUCAGGGGCAUAUCGAAGAUGAGGACGAGCUGCUGCAACGGAAGACCCUCGUAGAGAAAGUGAUCGAUCGUCUAAUGUACCACGAUCAAGUUAUUAUACCGUUAUCCACGACAGGUCUGAAAGCAUCACAAAAGUCGUCGGAUCAGGAGAUCGAAGACGAUCCCUUAUUAGUAGUCCAUCCUAACUAUGUUGUUGAUACAUAAAAUAUUUCUUGUCUGUAAGCAUAAGUACCUUUUUUAAAUAAAAAUGUAUCAUUU